GUGAAGCGAAGAACGUAUUCUUGUUCAAAACAAGGGAAAAAAGGUUUUGAUAAAAGGCGUGAGCAUGUAGCCUUUGAAAGACCGAUUUUAAGAGUAGGUUGCUUAGCACGUAUGACCUGCCAAUUAAAAAAUGAUGGCAUGCUCGAGAUUAUUUCUUUUGAAGAAAAUCAUAACCAUGAUCUAGCCCCCACUCCGAUGAAGCAUAUGUUGAGGUCCAAUAGGAAGAUAAGUUAUGCUCAGAAAGCUAUUGCAGAUGAUGCUGAGAAAGCGGGAUUAUCAAUCAAGAAAACUAUUGAUUUACUAGCAGUGCAGAAUGGAGGUCGUGAACACAAUGGUUUUCUGGAUAAAGACUAUCAAAAUUAUAUUGGUACAAAGAGAAAGGCUACAAUGAUUAAAGGAGAUGGCCAGGCAAUCAUGGAUUAUUUUCGUAAAGCACAAGCAGAGGACCCAUCAUUCUUUUACUUGGUGCAACUUGAUGAUGAUGAUCUUAUCAUGAAUAUGUUCUGGGCGGAUGGCAGGUCAAUAAUCGAUUACAAGUACUUUGGUGAUGUAUGUUUUGAUACAACUUACAGAACCAAUGAAUAUGGUCGGCCUUUUGCUCCAUUUGUUGGAGUUAAUCACUUGAAGCAGACAGUAAUCUUCGGAGCAGCAUUACUUUAUGAUGAGACAAUCACAUCUUUCAAGUGGUUGUUUGAAACAUUCUUGACUACAAUGGCUGGAAACCAACCCAAAACCAUAUUAACAGAUCAAUCAGCUGCUAUGGCCAAAGCCAUUGAAGAGGUAUUUACUGAAUCCCAUCAUCGUUUAUGCAUCUGGCAUAUUUAUCAAAAUGCUGCUAAACACUUGAGUCAUGUGUUCAAUGCAUCCGACCAAUUUGCUAAGGAUUUUAGUGCAUGUGUAUAUGACUAUGAAGAUGAAGAGGAGUGGUAUAAAGGUUGGGAUGAUAUGCUUACCAAGUAUAAUUUGAGAAAUAAUGAAUGGUUGGAGGGGAUAUUCUCAAUGAGAGAAAAGUGGGCUAUGGUGUAUGGGCGUCACAUGUUUACAGCUGAUAUGAUGAGCACUCAGCGUAGUGAAUCGAUCAAUAGUGUGUUGAAGAAGUAUUUGAAGCCAAAACACAAUAUGACAUACUUUUUUGAUCAUUAUGCUCGGUUGGUAGAAGAUAGAAGGUAUCAGGAACUACUUGCAGAGUUCAAAAUGAGGGACACCAUCCCAGUGUUACAAGCAAAUGUUGAGAUGUUAAGACAAGCUUCAAAGGUGUAUACUCCUAAAGUAUUUAAAAUGUUCCAAGAAGAGUUUGUCAAAGUUUUGGACUAUACUAUUGAUAAGAUCAACAAAAACGAAGUCCGGGUAGAAUAUAAAGUGAGAUAUGCAGGUAGAGGCACUGAGCACUUUGUCCAGUUUGAGUCAUCGUCUCAAGCAGUUGAUUGCAGUUGCAAGAAGUUUGAGUUUGUGGGAAUUCUAUGUACUCAUGCUUUGAAGGUUCUAGACAAGAAAAAUAUAAAGCAAAUCCCAAGACGAUAUAUAUUAAAGAGAUGGACAAAGGAUGCAAAGGAUGGAGACCUAAGAAGUUCAGUUCGAGUGCAAGGAAGUUCUGAGAAACUUAUUGGGAAACGUUACUGCAAUCUACAUUAUAAUUUUCGAGAGAUAUCUACAUUGGCAGCUGAGAAUGACGCAAUGUAUGAGCAUGCAAGUGAAGUUUUUUCAAAUUUGCUAAAGGAUUUGCAGGGAAUGAGAACAUGUUCAGAUGUUGGAACUUCUCAUGAGGAACUGUGCUCCAAUCACGAAGAAGACCAUCGAGUUGUAGCUGGAGUUAAAACAAAAGCGACAGUAGGGCGACCAAAAGGGAGGAUCAAAGGUGCAUUAGAGCUCCGAAAAAGUCACAAAGUUCAAUCAAAACCACAGGUUCACUUCGAUCUUUCUUUCCUUUUGUAAAAUAUAACUAUUGUACUAUCUUAGUUCAUUAACCUGUCGUUAUGUAAUACUAUAUGUACAGGGUAAGAAGCAGAAAACUAAUUGUUCUCAACAAGCUGCUGGAAGCAAAACUGAAUUGCAAAUUCAAAAUUAUCAGGUUUUACUUUGUCAUUAUAUUUCGAAGUACUCUAAAUGCGAUCAAAUGAAUGGACUAUAGGUGAACAUAUCCUAAUAAUUGUAUAUCUAACAAGUGUUUUAAAUUUUAGGUGGAACAUGAGUCUCAAAGUUCAAUUAUUAGUCCACCAGGAGAGAACUUGGAUUCUACAAUUUGUUUGAACAAUAUAUCAUAUACACAAUUGCUACAGGUACGAAGUUAGUCCUUUUAUCUAUUUUAUUUGAUUUCAUUAAAAUGUUACUAAUGUUAAUAUUAUUGUUAUCGUAAUUAAUUUUACAGGAUGCAAUGAACUCUCCUUUCGAUGAUCCGCAAGAGUGACAACCAUUGUUCUUCUAUAAAUAUCUCAAGUAGAAUAAAGUGACAUUAAGUUU